CCAUUGUGAAAAUUGUAUUUAAUAUAUCUUAGUAUAUCUAUCUACGUGUCUUUAAAAGUAUUCAAGAUAAGUGGUUGAGUGUCAUACCCAUAUCAUAACCUAUCAUUAUGGAAAUCUGCAUAGGGCGAAUUUUGAUUAGGAUGGUGGGAGUGGAGGCUUCGGACUGAAUAGGUCACGGAUGUAUUAGGGAAAGAAUCGACAGAGAAGGUGACGGGCAGCCAAGAGGAGUUCUAGUACAAGUAGUAGGAGGAGUCUGUUUGUUGACAUCGGACGAAUACCAGAAUCAUAUGAGUGAAGAUUAUCUGUAAUAACACCCUUUCGCGCCCACAUCAGGACACUUCGCCUUGGCGAAGGCUAAGGUAGACCACCCCCUACAGACACGAACAUUAGAAGAGCGCUGACCACAUUUUGUAGCAACCUGCACUGCCUUGUCAUUGAUCUGAGCUAGAAAAGAAGAGGUGAACAUGGCAGCCAAAGCAGGAGACAACCCUGAUAGCCUUAUGACGCUGGCAACAGUGUUUUGCUUGAAAAAUCUCAGGAAUACCAUGUGUUACCAGGGUUUCAGAAACAAGCUGUGUCUUCGAUCUGACAUCUUUCUUCCAAGUGAAAUCUGUGACAAGUUGGUCAACACAUAUAUGGAGUUGGUUCAUACAAAUAGUAAUUUUGAUCCAGAGGAGAGUUUCUUUCAACUGUUCUCAGACCCCCGAAGCACCAGACUGACCCGGGUACAGCUCAGAGAAGACUUUGUGCGUGACAGAGACCUUGAAGCUAUAAGAAAACAGGAUCUUAUUGAGCUUCAUCUCAUCUACUGCAACAAUCUAUCGUCACGCAGCUUGAAAACUUUAACAUGUUUUCGAGAGACUUUAGUUUCACUUUGUCUUUUCAACUGCAGCAACUUAUUUUACAAAAAGGGUGGUGCUCCACUCGCUUGUAACGAUGACUCUGAGGACAGUCCUGCUUCUAGGCAAGCACUAGAGACGGACUUUAACUUUGAAGGCUUCAACCGCCUUCGCUUGCUUAACUUAGGAGGUCUGUCUGAAGAGGUGGAUGUUGAGGCCCUCCUCAGACCACUCAAAUCUAUAACAUCACUAGAUUUAUCUAAUGUACAGCUGCAAGGUACAACCUUUCUCAUCCAAUGGAAAGACAGACUAGCUUCUCUUGUUCUCUAUAACGUGGACCUCUCAGAGGAGUUGGUAAACACUGUACUGGAACUUGUUAAUCUCAGGCAUCUGGAUAUCUCUCGUGAGAGCAGAAAAGCCUCCAGAUUUAAAAUGACAAAAAAAAUACUUGUAGCUAUUGUGAGACUGAUCCAUCUAGUGUCAUUAGACAUCUCUGGACACAUUAUGCUAGACAACUGCACAGUUCCACACUUUGAAGAAGCUAUGGGCCGACCAAGUAUUGAGCCAUGUAAGAGUAGCAUUUACCCCUUCCAAGAACUGAAACGACCUCUGCAAUUUUUGGGCUUAUAUGAUACCACUUUGUGCAACGUGACACACAUCCCUGCCUACAAGGUAACUGGAUCAAAAAAUGAAGACCAAGUUUUGAAUGCCAUUGAAGCUUACACUGAAUUUCGUCCAGAGUUGGCCCACAGAGCUAUCAAUCAAUUAUUUGACAUAGCCAGGAUACAACAUUGUAGCCAGCUCCUUAGAGCUUUGCAACUUGUUAUUGCAGCACUGAAGUGUCAUAAAUAUGAUAAAAGCAUCCAAGUGACAGGCAGUGCUGCCCUGUUUUACUUGACGAACACAGAGUAUCGCAGUGAUCAAAGUGUGCGAUUGCGCAGAGAGGUCAUUGAAGUAGUGCUGAAUGGGAUGGAGCAGUACCAGGAGGUUACUGUCCAAAGAAACUGCUGCCUGACGCUAUGUAACUUCAGUAUUCCUGAGGAGCUGGAGUUUCAGUACAGUCGGGUCAACCAGCUGUUGCUCAAAAUUCUGGAGCCAGCCAGACAGGAUGAGUCCAUCCAGAGAAUUGCUGUACAUCUCUGCAAUGCAUUAGUGUGUCAAGUAGACAACCACCACAAAGAGGCUGUUGGGAAAAUGGGAUUUGUCAAGACCAUGUUGAAUUUAAUUCAAAAGAAGCUGCAUGACAGAAUGUGUGACCAGGUGAUGGAGUUCUCAUGGAGCGCGCUGUGGAACAUCACCGAUGAGACGCCAGACAACUGUCAAAUGUUCCUUAACUGUCGAGGCAUGAGUCUCUUCCUUGAGUGUCUGCAGGAAUUUCCAGACAAACAGGAGCUUCACCGUAACAUGUUGGGUCUGCUUGGAAAUGUUGCAGAGGUCAAAGCACUGAGGCCACAACUGCUCACCCCACAAUUCAUUACAGUGUUUAGUAACCUCUUGGACAGUAAAGCAGAUGGGAUAGAGGUGUCGUAUAAUGCAUGUGGCGUCCUUUCACACAUUAUGUUUGAUGGACCAGAAGUUUGGUCUAUGGACGAGCCUCUGCGAGAGACGGUCAUGGACAAGAUGUGGGAGGCCAUCCAGAGUUGGGACGUCAGCUCACGACGCAACAUUAACUACAGGUCAUUCGAGCCCAUCCUGCGACUGCUGCCUCAGACCAUCUCGCCUGUCAGUCAGCACUGGGCCACUUGGGCUCUCUACAACUUGGUGUCAGUUUACCCAAGUAAAUACUGUCCAUUACUAAUCAAAGAGGGAGGAAUAGGCCUUCUAGAGAAGGUCUUGGACCUGGAGAGCUCACAUCCAGACACCAAGGAUAUGGCCAGAAAAGUAAUGGAGCAAUGUGAAAACUUUAAAGAAGAUCCUAUGGAAACAAAUCAUGGACAGGAGGUAAACUAUGAACAAAGAGGCUGAAGCUGUAGGAGGCACAGUUUCAUGAAACCAGAAAAACUUCAUCUGUAAUCAGCCGAAGGGUCAAAUUAUGUGCAUUAUUCUUUUGAUUUCUUUGUAAUAUUUUUUUUUUGUAGAUCAGAUAUAUAUCUAUUUGGCCCUCCUCAUAGCAGUUAAAUGACACUUAAAACAUGGUGCAUGGUGUUUUUGAGGGUGCUUACUUUUCAAGAGCAUCUGUGCAGGGCAGAUUUUUGUGAGGGGGAGUAUCUUUUUUUUUUUUUUUUUUUUUUUGUGGGGUUCAAAGAUUGUCUGAGCGAUGUCUGGGUUCUCACCUCGCUCACCAUAAACUGACAUAAUGUUUAGAAUAAGACGCUCAAGUCGUCCACUGUAUCAGAGCGGGGGGUUGGUGUGGAGCUGUGGAGGUGGUUAGGUGUAGUCACUUUGUGUGUAGAAAUGGUAACACUGAUGAGAGGGGUGUUCUCUCCAUGUGGCACAAUGUCAGAUUUCUUUGUUAUUUAUGUAAAUAUUCUUUGUCUUAUUGUUUUAUUGUGUGUAUGUUUUAUAAUAUCUGUAAACAACCUCCAUAUUUAAACCUGAUUUUUCAAAAGCUCAUUGGUAAACUAUAGAUGUUAUACCAGUCCUUCUUGUGCAGUAAUGCUACAUAUUUAUACCCCACAAAUGAGUAGUUGGCUUCCAGUCCAGUUUUUUAUAAAUUAAUCAUGGGUAUUUUGAUUGUAUUAUUUUGGUCUGGCGCUAACACACCAUGGCAUGUUAAGGCGUGCUGAUGUGGCCCGUACCCUUCCUGACUCAACCAUAUUUAUUACAGGCUUGGGACCAGCACAAAGUGACCACAUUUUGCACAGGUACAUUUGUGAAUAUCUUUGUAAAUAUGUAAUGAGAGAAUACAGACCACACAGAUUGAAAAAGUAACUAAAAAUGGACACAGAUCAAAGUAGGCAGAGAGCAUUGCUUUUUUUCCUUUAUUUUUUCUUAUUUUAUAAUAGAUCACCACCUUGCUUUAUUUUAUGUUUUAAAAACUACAUAAUUUAUACAUCUAACCAGAUUUUAAUAAAUACAAGACAGGACCAUACGUCUGUCAAGACCGACACUGAUCAACAUGCUGCUAUACUGAUUGCUAACACACAUUUAUUUUAAAAGCUAAAAGGGGAGCAAUGGGUGCAUUAAAUUUCAUGUUACAUACCAUUAGUUUACCAUUAGAACUAAGCCAUGGUAGACUAAAGGUCGAUCACUGAAGUAAGUAUGUGAUCUCAUAGUGUAUUUAUUAGACUUUGGCACUCCUCAUCACAAAGCUUUGUAGAUUUAUUCCUGCAAAACUGUGUAACUGGACAAAAGUGUAACUGUAAUUCAAACAACAGAAAGCUAUUCAUAUGAACAAUAGAGCCAAUGCCACCAGAACAAGUCUUUCUUGAUUAGUGCAUUCUGGUAAAGCAUUCAUCAGUUAUAACUAAACAUUUCCACCUGAGUUUCACUUCAUAUACUGUAUAAACAUGCAUGUAAAAAGCAGUCACUGAUGUCCACAGAAGCUGCUCCUUUUAUCUUUUAAACUGUGUGUGUUUAGAUGAAAACCAAUAACUCAAAGUACUGCACACAGCUCUAACUCUAUGUAGCACAUCUUCAUCAAAAGCAUCAUCAGCUGAGUUAACUGUUUCUCUCAAAUGUCUUUGGGUGAUUUCGCCCAUCCGUUGAGUUAAGGAGAGUUAUAUGGAAAAUUUAUUAAAGAAGCUUUUGUUUUAUUUGUAGGAUUUGUGUAGAUAGUCAGUUUGCUUCUUGAAUCCUGGGUUAAUUGUCAAUAUUAAAAGCAGAGGAAGGCUUGCAUUUAAAAUUAAAGCCUACUAGUUUUGUUUCUUUUUUCUUUUCUUUUUUUUUUUUUUUGGUUUUUACUGAAAUCUUUGGCAAUUAUUAAAUAAUUACUGUUAAGGGUUGACUGUUAAAUAUAGGCCUAACUGAAAUUGUAGCCUGCACAACCCUGGCUCAGUUGGUCAGUUUGUUUUGCCUACUGAUGUUUUGCUUUGGAAAAUCUUGUCAGCUUUUUGGGAUCAUUGAUUAUUAACCAAAUCUAAGACGGCAGCAUUUGAAUAAAACUGUAUAUUCUGACAAGUACCAAACCAUUAUUGAGCAUAAGCAAUAAAGAUGGAGUGGUAAAGAAGUA